AAAGCAAUAGAGGAGAGCUAUAGGUUGCCAGGUCCUAUGGACUGCCCCGAGGCUCUGUACCACCUAAUGAUGGACUGCUGGCAGCGCGAGCGCAGCAACCGCCCCAAGUUUGAUGAGAUCGUGUGUCUCCUCGACAAACUCAUUCGCAAUCCCAGCUCGUUAAAGAAGCUGGUCAACUCCUCGCACAGGGUUUCCAACUUGUUGGUGGAACACGCCAACGUACAAGGCGACUGCAACACCCUGAGCCAGACUGUCGGCGAGUGGCUCGACUCCAUCAAGAUGGGCCGCUACACGGAGCUCUUCAUGGAAGGAGGCUACUCUUCACUGGAGACGGUGGCUCAGAUGACUUCAGAGGAUUUGCGGAAAGUUGGCGUGAAUCUGGCUGGACAUCAGAAAAAAAUCAUCACUAGCAUCCAGGAGAUGAGAGUCCAAAUGAACAACACCAACUCUGCUGUAAACAUGUGAUGCAUAUGUACAGGCAAAAACACUCACACACACACACACACACACAUUCACACACACACAGUAUAUGGGCCUAGUAUGUGAAGAAAAGACUCGCUGUUGGACCUAGAGCAGCUUAGCACUUUUUAACGUGGACGUGGAAACCCAGUGUUAAUGGAUCUAAACGGAAGAAUCCGUGGAGUUUGCUUGUGGUGUCACUGGGGGAUGUUUGUGACAUUGCUGAGCUAAAACCAAACUGAACUGAACUGAGCGGUGCUGACACGAAGGGGAACUUUGAGAUUAAAAGUAAUGAACUGCAUUACACCUUGCGACGUGAAGACUUUUAAAUCUACUUACUCUAAAUUUUUUUUUGUGAAUCUUGGGAUUUCUAAUAUCUCAUGCACUCUUUGGAUUAUCUCAGAUCCGGCAUGAAGCGCGGAGUGAAGAGUGUAGGCUCUGAGAGGGAGACUGCAUCACACUGCAUCACACACAUGAAGGUGUUGUGCAGGAGGCUCAAAGUCACAUGUUUUCAGCCUGUCUCAGGUGAUCAGAGCCCAACACAUCUGAAGAGCACUGGCUUAUUCCCUGGCAUUGUUCGAUGUAACACUGGUCCCAGGCAGUGUUCACAUGUAACAAUUGAUCAAAAGCAAAAUACUUCAUUGUUUCAAUUUGCUUUGCUCUGUUGAUGUGCUUUGGUCUUUUGUUUUCCUGUCACACUCAGGUCCCAAUGCCACAAGACUGUUGCUGUAAUCCAGCUUUUUAAGGUCUGCACGUGUUAUAUUCACCAACGCUCACAUCGUUAUCGUCCAUAAAGCAAUGCAAGACAAGAACACAUGAUACAACUUCCAGUGUUUAAAGGAGCUGAAAUUCAAAUCAAGGCUCCAGGCUCUGGCAUUCUUUAUUUCUUAUGUUCUGGCUGAAUGUAAAACACUAGACAUAACACAGUGUUCUGUCGCAGCAUCAAGAAUGUGGCAAUAGAACCAUUCUGGUCCUUAAAAUUAGACUCGGAAAGAUGCCGCUGCUUGUACAAGAGUUUGUGACAUUGAUAUGUUCUCUCUGAUAAGUUCUUGCAAAUCCCCAUCAUUCACCAAGAUUCUCAAGGACCUUUCACCAGGUUCUUCCUGCAACAUUAGACAUCCAAACGUUCACAAAGGUACAUUUAAUAAGAUCCAGUGACUUUCUUUUUUCAUUCCAAUGGAAGCUUUGCUUAUGGAAAAUUGUGAAAAAGUUAGAUCUGUCCUGAUGGAACAUUUGCUGAUGUAAAGAUGGGACUGCGUCUCAGAUUAUCACGGAAAGGAUCAACUAGGUUAUUCUGGAACUGCUCCGAAAGGAUCAGCCAGAUUCUUUUGGGACUGUUCAGGAAGGAUCGACCAGAUUUGUUUGGGACUGCUUGGAAAGGAUCGACCAGAUUUGUUUGGGACUGCUUGGAAAAGAUCGACCAGAUUUGUUUGGGACUGUUCAGAAAGGAUCAGCCAUAUUUUUUUGGAACUGCUCCGAAAGGAUUGACCAAAUUCUUUUGGGACUGUUCAGGAAGGAUCUGCCAAAAUCUCUUAGAACUGCUCGGAAAGGAUCAACUAGAUUCUUUGGAAUUGUUCAGAAAGGAUUGACCAGAUUCUCCUGGAACUGCUCUGAAAGGAUCAGCCAAAUUCUUUUGGGACUGUUCAGAAAGGAUUGACCAGAUUCUCCUGGAACUGCUCCGAAAGCGUCAUCCAGAUUCUUUUGGAACUGCACCAAAAGGAUCUGCUACGUUCUACAGGGACCGUUCCAAUGAAUGAACCUUCACUGAGAUUCUGAAGGAAAACUUGACCGGGAUUCCAACAACCUUCAGGUACCACAGAAAACGCUCAGCUGUCCGUUCAGUUCCCCCGCGUUGGUGUCGCAGAGACUGCCUGCCUCGACACAUCCGCCGCACCACAAUAAGCACUCUAACCUGAAAAAGGGACUGCUGAAAAAAAAGGGAGGGCAAUAUUGAUCAACUUGAUAAUCAUUUAUUUAUUUAUACUUGUUUAAAGAAAUGAGCAAAAACUACGUAGACGGUUUGUGUUCCAUCGUAAUAUUCUCGUGGACUUCCGAGCAAAUCUGCCUACACGUCUUUCAUGUAUAUAAUGUACUAUAUAUUUAAAGCAGGGAGCGUCGUUCCGAGGAUCAAGCAUUUCAGAGAAGCAGACGUUGGAAAAUAUUCAGAAUCGUAGCAUACCCGAUUGGGUAUGCAGACACAUCAGUUAUUUAUAUUAUCUUGUCGAUGAUUGUGUACCAUUUCAAGAUUUGGUGCGAGACCUAUAAAUAUUACCACCGAGGCUUUGUUUGUAAAGGUGGAGAAGUACGCGCAGGGAUUGAUAUACUGUAUGUAUGAUGUGGUCAUAAUUUAAACAAUGAUGUCAAUGAUCAAGCCCUUGCUUUACUUCUCCGUGGUAGCAUCCAAGUAGCUACGCUUGGAUGCUUUUUUUUUUGCUAAAACUUGGCCCGUUUCACUUUCGUCUUCACCUAUAUCAGGAAAUCAAAUCUGGCAGUAGAUAUACAUAUAUACAUAUACAUAUAUAUAUAUAUAUAUAUCUAUAUGUAUGUAUGUAUAUCUCCUCUGCAGACAACGUGCUGAUAUUUUUCAUGGUUGUGUACGCGGUGUAUUUACUGCGAGUGCUUGUGGCACAGCGGUGCAAAUGAAAUGAGAUUGUAAAGUUAGUUUUUAUAAGAGCUGGUUUCACCUGGCUGUCAGAGAAGCACAGAGGGCAACACAAGAAGAAUGUAAGUGUUUUAAGGGGUAUUUUGCUUUUUUUCAUGUUAUUCUUUUCUUCUAAACACCCUGAACUUCCACUGAGUGAAAAUACGUCUUGACUGGAGACAUAAAAAGAAAAUGAUUGGGGUCCACUAAGGCCCCCUUUACACCUGGCAUUAGAAAGCGUCUGUGGUGUCCAUAUCAAGUUCCGAUCGCUAUCCGAUCACGGUCUUCCCCCUUUAUGUGGCCUCUCCCUAUUGUUGUUGUUGCCGCCACUAUAUCGACAACAACAACAGUGUUAACUGCGCGUUAAGCCGCGGUAUUGUUUUGGCGAGCGGAUAAACCGUCAAGCGGAAAAGUGAUGAAAAAGAAGCAAAGGCUAUAUUUUGGUGGAGCGGAGACGCAUCAGAGACUCGUUGCAUUCACACUUGGGUUCAACGUGGUCAUAAUGCAUCUCCGACCUCCUACUGAAGUGGUUUGACAGUUUGUAUAACAAUCGUAAUCAAACCGAUCACAGAUGAUCAGGUGUAAAAGGGGCCAAACGUUCUACCACCGGAGCGAAAGUUUGAUUGACGGCAAACGUCUGCAUCGCCUCAAUAAUCUACAUUUUAUUACUUUGGAGAUUUGGCUCAAGCUUGUGUAUUAAUACGCUGUAUUUUUAGUUCUUUUUCCUUUUUUUAGAACACAACAAACUUAUUUUAAUCAACUAGUUCUCUUUUUUUUUGUCUCCUCAGAGACGCAAACAAUUUAUUGGCUGUAAAACAUUAUACAUAGAUUACUGAGGCUAUGCAGAUGUUUAAUUUUUUUGGUGGGGGGGGGGGUGCAUCCAUAAUGUGAUGCUCCCCCUUUUUGUAGUUGGACUGAAUGUUUUAAAUUUACCACACAGCAUGUUUUUAGCAACUCUUCUUUUCAUUUUUCAUUUUAAAGCCGAAACCUAUGACGUGGUAUCAGUGCCUCUCGUCUUUUAAGAGCGCCGUUUCUGUCCCUCCCCCCUGCCAAAAUCCUACAGUAUGCCCCAGUUUUUUUCCCCGGAAUGUCUGCAGUACUUUUUUUUGCCAACAAUAUCCACAGGCAAUAAAAAAAGAAUGUUGGAACUAAUUUAAUUUGCACUUUAUGAGAAAUCCGUUGCCCUUUCGUUCGACUUUUUAGCAUCAUGGUUUAUAAUUGCUAUAAAUGCUGUGUGCUGAUUGUUUUAAUGCUUCCCAAUAAAGUGAUCUUUGACGGUAAAAGCACAAGGAAUUGGUUUUAGUUUUAAAAAUAAACAGAGCUAUACGUAGGUUUCUUCAUGUAGAGCAGGAGUACGCAUAAGCAGAGGAUUUUACAGAAUGCAGAAUGUGGUUUGGACAGAUCAGAGGCUCCGGUGAGACGGUUUGUCUCGGCAGGUGUUUAAGCAUCAACGCUGGUUAAUACAAGGUUAGAAAACAGGCGUAAGGGUUCGGUUGUUCCCACAAACAACAGCAAAUAAACAGUCUCGUCGAGAGAAGCGUCUUUAUUGAGACGAGAGAUUCAUUCUCAGCACUUCAGAAUCUUUGAAUCCAGCGAAGACUUCGACGAUUUAUCGACGCGUAACUUCUCAAGCGACGACUGUCAGCUGGGACUUCAGCACGUGUCAGGAAUCAGUUUUAUAUCGGACGUAAAACAUGGAAGAACGUUUGGUUUAACAUCUACAACUUUCUGAAGAUUCUAGGAUUUUUCUUUGUUUUGUUUUGUUUUAAAUAUUGGGGUUCAUUGAAAUUAGCUCCAGAAUGAAAGCACUGUUGGUUUGACUGCAGUUCUUGCAAACAUUUAUAAAAGCAAUAUUUGCCAAUUUGUGAUAUUAUUAGGUGGAAAAUGUGUAUUUGUACUGGCAAUAUCGUGACAUCACAGACUCCACUUCUUCUUUUUGAAUUGAAGUUUUUAAAUGUCAGCUGACGUCUCAGGAAGUGGAAAAUAAGUUGGGUUCAUUCGUUGGGACUGAAAAUGUUGACAUUUCCCCCCCGCGCGGGUCAAAGACGAUUCUGUUGUCCAUAACUCACACGUUAGACUUUACAACGAUUAAAUAACUGUUUUUGUGAUUCAUUGAAAGCACAGUUAAAAAAAUACUUUACCUAUCGAUGUGCUAUUGGUUUGUUUUAUGAGUCUGUCAUGUGUUCUGUACGUGUUGAUGUUUUUGUAGUGUGUUAUCAAAUUUCUAUAUUUUUGCAAUAAAACCUUGUCCAAAAAAAA